CCUCCGCCAUGUCUCCACUAUCGGCAUAACGCAACAGCAGGACGCACGUAACCUCUGACCUUACGCCCUUCCCUUCAUCUGUCUGCCGCAACUCCAAAUCGCGUCUCUCCCUGCCAUGCCCCGCAUCGCCUCGCUGCUUUCCGCCCUGCUGUUCGUCCACUUUUCGGACCUGAGCCGGGGCUACUUCACCGAGGAGCGCUGGAGCCCCGAGUCUCCUCUCCUCGCCCCACGGGUAGUUGUCGCGCUCAUCUGCCGCAACUCUGCGCACUCUUUGCCGCUCUUCCUCGGAGCUUUGGAGCGCCUCCACUACCCGAAGGACCGCAUUGCUUUAUGGGUGGCGACAGAUCACAACAUAGAUAACACCUCCGCCAUCCUUCGAGAUUGGCUCAUCAAGGUCCAGAAUGACUAUCACUAUGUAGAGUGGAGACCAGAUGAUGAAUCCAGUGCCUUUGAGGACGAGGUGGGGCCAAAACACUGGAAUAAUCUUCGGUAUGAACACGUAAUGAAGCUUCGUCAGGCGGCUUUGGACACAGCCCGUGAGAUCUGGGCUGACUACCUCCUGGUGGCCGACUGCGACAAUCUGCUCACUAACCCAGAUAUGUUGUGGAAACUCAUGAAAGAAAACAAGACCAUUGUUGCCCCAAUGUUGGAGUCCAGAGCUGCCUACUCCAACUUUUGGUGCGGCAUGACCUCACAGGGCUACUACAAGCGAACGCCAGCCUACAUACCAAUCAGGAAGCAGGAGCGUCUUGGCUGUUUUGCCGUACCCAUGGUCCACUCGACGUACUUGGUGGACUUGCGGAAGGAAGCCUCUCGUCAAUUGGCUUUCUACCCGCCGCACCCGGAGUACAGCUGGGCCCUUGAUGAUGUCAUCGUCUUUGCCUAUUCGGCUCGCAUGGCAGAUGUUCAGAUGUACGUGUGCAACAAAGAAACCUACGGAUACCUGCCUAUGCCCAUGCGUUCCCACGCUACUUUGUUGGAUGAAGCUGACAGUUUCUUGCACACUCAUCUUGAGAUCAUGGUGAAAAAUCCUCCCUUGGAAUAUUCCAGCUUCCUCACCCUCCCUCCCAAACAGCCAAACAAGAUCGGCUUUGAUGAGGUGUUCAUGAUCAAUCUGGUGCGAAGAGUUGACCGGCGUGAGCGCAUGCUGAGAACUUUGCACGAGAUGGAAAUCAGCUGUAAAGUUAUUGCCGCUGUGGACGGCAAGGCGCUGAACAAGAGUGACAUCAAGUCCAUGGGGAUUAGCAUGCUGCCGGGAUACAAAGACCCUUAUCACGGUCGCCCUCUGACCAAGGGUGAAUUGGGUUGUUUCCUCUCUCAUUACAACAUCUGGAAGGAGAUAGCGGAUCGCGGGCUGCAAACCUCCUUGGUCAUUGAGGACGACCUGCGCUUUGAGGUGUUCUUUAAACGGCGUCUCCAGGCACUGCUGCAGGAGGUGACGACGCACAAGCUUGACUGGGAUCUCAUUUAUAUUGGACGGAAGCGAAUGCAGGUGGAUCAUCCAGAGAAAUCAGUACCAAAUGUUCGCAAUUUGGUGGAGGCCGACUACUCGUACUGGACUUUAGGCUACAUGCUGUCCUUGCAAGGAGCCCAAAAGCUCCUCAAGGCUGAGCCUCUAAAAAAGAUGCUGCCUGUUGAUGAGUUCCUUCCUGUCAUGUAUGACAAACAUCCUGUUUUAGACUACAUGGAACACUUUGAAGAUCGGAACCUCCGUGCGUUCUCCGCAGAGCCGCUUCUGGUGUAUCCGACACACUACACAGGAGACGCUGGCUACAUCAGUGACACGGAGACCUCAGUAGUCUGGAACAAUGAGACCACCAAGACGGAUUGGGACAGAGCCAAGUCGAGGAAAACUCAAGAGCAGGUGGAACUAAGUCUAAAGGCACAAAACUCUGAUGUGCUCCAGUCUGAGCUGGAGAACUGGAGUGCGCGGGAUGAAUUGUGAUGCCUUGGGAGAACAUUCUGUUGCACAUCUACACACACUGAGCAGGUUGACAUCCUGUACAGCAGAAUAAAGCUGUGAUAGUGGGAGGAAUGUGGAAGAGGCAGGCUAGAUGGACACAGGUCCAGUGAGACUUCCACUGUCACUUGAGCUUUCUCUUAAAGGAGAAGGUUAGAGUUACAUUUCAAAACAACUCUUGACGAGUCCAUUUGCGUGUCAUUCUUUCUUUCCAUCUUCAAUUGGCAAUCAAAAGUUAGAGAAUCAAAAAGGGACUGGUUAUUUUCUUUUUCUCUUUUUUUCUUUUAAUUUAACAUAAAAAGCCCGAUUUUUCACAUUGCAAUUUUAGGCUCAGGUCUAAAAUACAAAAUUGAAAACGUUUAGUUUUUAAUUUUGUAUUUUAGACCUGUAUUUUACACUUUUCAUACAAAAUGUUUAAUUGUGUGCAACAAAAGUACUUUGUAUAGAGUUAAAAACAUCCAUCUAGCCAUCCUGAUUAUCUCCAGGCAGGUCAUGGUUGCCACAGCUCCUAUACAUGCCUUUAGGAGCUCCGGGCUGCUCUCAUCCACCCUCAGGGCCUUAGCACCAAUGUUCCCUGCAAGCUGCAUGCACACGUGAGCAAAUGCGUACUGCUCCCACACUCGCAACACAUAGCAAAUAUAUGCAGUGCAUAAAAAAAAAAAUCCAAAAUGAGCUGUACUUGCGUAUUUUUAUCACUAAUGUCACUCUCCACUCGAUCAUAGUUUUGAUCUUAUAAAAUAGCAAAUAAUGAAGCCAAAAUGUAUUAAUAAUUAUUUCACGUACUUAAAUUCAUUUAUGGAGAAGUGAAUUUGGCCUGAUUCACAAUAUGAAAAGUGGCCAAAAAAGAAAUCUUAAUCCUUAACCAUUUUAUUCAUGUCACAAAUCUGGUUUGAGUUUUUUUUUUUCAACGUACGGACAUAACUUUGAACUCUUUUAUGACCUCAGAUUUUCAACAGGUAUGAUACUGGUUUGGCCGCCAUGUGCAUGCAUGCCUGAUCUUGCUCAUCGUGGUCCAAGGAAUGCUUUUGAGGAGCUUUUUACGACCUCAACCUCAGUGCUAUCACGGAUUGCCCUCAUAUAAAAUAUGGGAAAUCUAGAAUAUUUUUUUUUAAUGAUUUUCACCGUUAGAUUGUAUUUUUCAUUUUUGGGGGGUUUAUAUUUGCCAAUUGAAAGUGUAAAGAAUGAAUGAAACAUAGAUUAUUAAGCAGCUUUUGUUUUAUUUAUUGCAUCCCGCCUUGCUCCAGAUGUGACCCGAUCGACAGAUGUCGUCUACUUUUAAUCCUUUACAUCAGCCAGAAUUCCCAAAUAUACAGGUAGCAUUUGUUUCUCUGUAACUGAGUAAAGAUUACAUUGAAAUAGUAGACAAUAACUUUAUACUAUUAAUCUAUAGUGUGAUUUGGGUUUUCGUUUGAGACCAAGUUUGGGGACGUUAUUCUACACUCAAAUGAUGUCAAUCAAAUUGAAGUCGUCUGCAGUGUUUUCUUUUCCUCCCUCACCACAGUUCGCCUUGUUUUCCUCGGCUGUGACGAGUUCAAAGACCAAUGACUGUAAAAUGAUUGUGUAAUCUGCCAGAACAAAAUCCAUUGAACAUAUUGACACCCGCUGCUCAUUUUGACAGCUUAGUCGGAAGCACCUAAUUCUGCGCCAGCUCUUCAUUAUAUUUAUUAUCCAAUUAUAACUUUACUUAACAACGUUAUUUUGUCACAAUUGAAUGCAGAUCUGUGUGUCUUUUUGUAUUAAAUGUCUAACACAA